CGUAUGCCUUCACUCCCAAUACAAUCACAGUACUACCUCUGAUCUCCAAGCUACCUGCAGUAAGCUUGCUGCACCACACUUCACUUUUUGCAAUAAAAGUUCAAGCCGAAAGGAAAGUUUUUGUCAUCAGCAAAACCCUAUUUCCGAAUCGAAUCUCUCUUGAUUUUCUUCCCUAGUGUUGUAUACUUCCAAAAGGCAAAAACAGUGUUCUUCAAUCUUCAACAUCAUCACCCACUUCCGAUCCUUAGGUUCUGUAGCAAAUCCAGUAUUUUUUUUUUGUAGGUACUUUAUAAUAUUAACCCUAUUUCAUCCUCUGCCCUAGCAUUUCAGUUAUAGCUAGGCAAAUUGACCGUUUGUUCCUCAUCUAGUGUUUUGUUUAUUUUGCUCAAGCACUAAUUGAAUCUCGUUCUCAAUUACACAUCACCAAUCUCCAAAACCUAAUUAGACAUAUCCUAGAGGCCAUGUUUCCUCGUAGCAGCAGCGAUCAGGGCCCUUUUAUAUACACAAGCCCGUCCAUUUUGGAGAAGCCCUUCGCGAAUGAUGAAAAGACUAGCUCAGGACAGGAUCAAGAGCAUCCCUCGUCUUAUUCACACUUGUCCGCACCUUUUUUUGAGGAUGAUGAACUAUUUUUUAGUCACUUUCUUUCACAACAGAAGCUCUUUGUUUGUAGCAAUUCUCAAGCUGAGAUUGAAAAUAGUGUUGCGGCUACAGACAAGGCAACGGAUAACCGAAAGGAGGCGUGUAGCAACACUGUGGCCGAGCAGAUUCCUUCGAAAAGAAAAUUUCCAAACAAGAAAAGUAUUGGUGAUGCAAAACCGACGGGUCCCAGGAAGAGAACAGGGAAGAAGGACAGGCACAGCAAGAUCUGUACAGCUCAAGGACCUAGAGACCGUAGAAUGAGGUUGUCCCUUCAGAUUGCGCGCAAGUUCUUUGAUCUUCAAGACAUGUUAGGCUUUGACAAAGCUAGCAAAACCAUUGAGUGGCUAUUUUCAAAGUCGAGGACGGCAAUCACUGAACUAACAGAGAGCAUCUCACACGUGAAGCAAACUUGCAGUGACGGUGCCAAGAGUGUAUCAGUUACAUCCGAUAGUGAAGUGGUUUCAGAAAAUGUGGAGAUUGCGAGUGAUGGAGACCAAAGGGGUUUUUGUGCCGAUGUGGAAUCUUUCAACCGCGUGGCCACAGAGAAAACAAACAGAAAAUUACAUAUAGUUGCAAGGGAUUCCAGGAACAAGGCAAGAGCAAGAGCAAGGGAGAGAACAAGGAAAAAAAUGAUGAUCAGGGGCCAUGAGGUAUCAACAGAAAUAUCUGUAGGUCCAAACCCUAAUAAUAGCAAUUUGGUACGGUUAUGUUCUUCUAGCCCCCAGCUUGAAACUGGUAAUCAGGAAUCAUAUUUCCCCAGCCAAAACAUGAAAUCUUCUCCAAAAAUUGUAGCUGAAGUUGAAGAACGUUGCAGUCACUUGCUCGGACAUCAAAUCGAUUCUGUAUGCAUUAAUGAGAAUUUUCUGGGCAUUGUUGGUGCACCAACAUCAUCUAAUUUGGUUUUGAAUGAUUCACGCAAUGAUCUGGCAGCCUCGAGUGGGGGGAAUACCGAGGAAGAUUUUCCCGGAUUUCCUGUAAAUCUUAGCAGCAACAGCAACAACAAUGCUAAUAUGCAGUCUUUUUGCUGCACGACGAGUACAAACACGAAGUCAUCCACUGGAAAUGUCCAAUUGAGAAUCCCUAGUGCCAUGGGUACCUCAAAAUCCCAUGAAUUGAAGCAUACUUCGAUUUUCAUGACCACCUACAAUACCCAAGAGCAGAUCAUGCUUAAUUCAAUUUUCAGGAGCAGUACCCCAAACAUCCAAGAUCAAAACCGUAGUUCCAUUUUCUUUACCUCUUUGAACACUCAACGGGAAAACCCUAGUACAAACUUUUUGGCGACCUCAAUUAAUAAUUGUUUGCAGUCUCAUUUUCUCGGGAACGAGUUCUCUUGAUUUCCUUCAAUGGGUGACAAGAAUUGCGGUUUAUCCUGAUCAUGAGGUGCUGCUAUAUUUCAGAGCAUGAAGAAAACACAAUUAAAGGUGUGUACCAACUACUGCUAUAUAUAUAUAUACAGAUCAUAUGUUCUAUUGAAUUGUUUGAAUUCGAUCAGUACUGGUGAAUUAACUAUGUAUGAAAUUGAGUUGGGAGUUACAUCAUGUCAAACAUCACUGUAUUCAUGAA